AUGUCUGAAACCGAGAAAAUGAAGACAGCCGUGAAUAGACUUUUUGUUGAGUCUGGUGAAAAGGAAAGACUUUUACAAGUUUUGCGUUUACGUUUAGCUGAUUCAGGCUGGAAUGAUGGGCUCGAUGCCCACUGUCGCGAAACCAUUCGCAAUAGAAAUCUUGAUGAUGUUUCAAUGGAAGAUUUGAUCAAGGAAGUACAAGAACACGGUAAAUUUGUAUAUAUUAAAUAA